AUGGAACAUUUGAAGACACAUCGUGAAUUUAAUUGUGAAAUUUGCCAAAAAGAAUUUCCCUUUGAAAGUUUACUGAAGGAGCACAUGCGUACGCACAGUGGUGAAUCCCCUUAUCUCUGUCCACAAUGUGGUAAAACAUUUAAAUGUGGCGGUAAUUUGCGCCAGCACAUGGAACGACACUCGAAUGUCAAGCGAUAUGCAUGUACCAGCUGUCCGCGACGUUUUAAAUGUCGCACCGAUUUAACGAAACACCUGGCAACGCAUCAGGGUGCCAAGAAUUAUACAUGCGAUAUAUGUGGUAUACGCUUCGCCCGAUCAUAUAGUCUGGAACAACAUAAACGUUUGCAUGUGGGUAAUAAAAUUCAUCAUUCGUGUGAUUUUUGUGAAAUAUCAAUAUGUAGGGCAUGCAUGUGCAAAAAGAAAGGCAUGUUCAAUACCCAAGAGAAACAUGGAGAAAGUAAUGUGACCAUUGAAGAAAUGCUCGACAAAAUAAUGGCUCCACAAUUACAACAACAACAAGAGUUUCCGUUACCACAGGAAAUAUGUAACUCUUGUAUGGAUCAAUUAGAGAAAGCAUUUAAAUUCCAAAGUGUUUGCUUGGCCACAAAUGAUAGGCUUUAUAAAACGUGGUCCGCCGCAGUUGUGGUGUCGAAAGUCAAAGAGAAUUCCGUUGAUACUUUUGUUGUGCAGAGGGAAGAGGAAGCAGAUAAUAAUAAGGAAAUAGAGAUUUCCGGUUACAUUGGUGAUCAUCAGGAGGAAGAUUUAAUAUCCUAUAUUGAAACUUUGGAAGAGGAAAAUUACAGCGACAAUGAAGAGGAGAAUUUACCACUCAGCUCGUUAAGGAAAUUACAAAAGUCUAUAAAUGAAAAAUAUAAUCAAAUUGAGGGAGCCAUCAUAAAGACUUUUGGAAGGAAUAACGAAGAGAAGGAGUGUGGGCCCAGUAGUACUCUUAGUGAAGAUAAAUUCCAAUGCAGUUAUUGUUCCAAGAAAUUUGCCAAUGAAAAUUUGUUGCAAAAACACAGGCGUAGUAAACACCGGGUGCAAUUAAAAAAGUCUGCACAUGAAAACAGACUUUCCCAGGAAAAUAUUUCCGAAGACACCACAGACAUAGGAGGGGAUAAUUUUGAUGUGAGCAGCAGGGAUCUUUCACAAUCGGAUCAUGAAGAAAAAUGCCCAGAAAAUGAUGAUGAUGGAAAACCCAAACCCCUGUCACAUCCAUGCCCACAAUGUAAGGCUACAUUUCGUUUUGAAAAACAAAUGGAACGUCAUCUUAAAAAACACACCGAUGCCCAUCGUUUUGUGUGCAUGGUGUGUCAUGAUCGUUUCAAAUAUCCAUUUAUGCUAAUGAAACACAAUGAGAAGCAUCACCCUGAAGAUAGUAAACAACAUCGGAAUAAAACAAAACAAUUAGAUGAGAAAAAAGAGCAAUUGAAUAAAUCAUUUAUCUGUAAUUAUUGUCCAGCGGCAUAUACAAAUGUCGGUGGCUUGGCCCAGCACAUGAGUAAAAAACAUCCAGAAAUUGUACCCUAUAAAUGUGAUAAAUGUGAUCGGACUUUUGUGGUGGAGGAACAUUUGAAGAUACACACCAAUCGGCAUAUGGGCAUUAAGAAUUUCCAAUGUGAGCUGUGUGAGAAAUCAUUUUCAUUUAAAUUCGCCAUGAAACAGCAUAUGCGCAUCCAUACGGGAGAUUUAAAUUAUUUGUGUACAUUGUGUGGCAAGAAAUUCUAUAGACCGAGUAAUUUACGUCAACACAUGCAACGUCAUGGAGAUGAUAAACCCUACAGCUGUCCACAUUGUCCGAAACGUUUUAAAUGCCCCUCAGAUCGUUAUAUACACCUGAUGUCACAUCAACAGGGUAAAAAUCAUGUUUGCUCAACAUGUGGUGCUAGAUUUUCACGGGUGGACACCCUGCAUCAGCAUGUCAAGGUUUUGCAUUCGGGCGAGAAACCCUAUAAAUGUGAUCAAUGUCCAAUGGCAUUUCCACGUCUAAUGAAUCUCAAUCGUCAUCGUCGUACCCAUACGGGAGAAAAACCAUACAAAUGUAAAUAUUGCGACAAAGCCUAUGCCCAAAGUAAUGAUUUAAAUAAACAUUUGCGCACCCAUCUCGGCGAAAAUACCUAUAUGUGUGCACAAUGUCCGAUGGCAUUUAAAUAUCAAGCAGAUUUAAGAAAUCAUGAAUGGGAACAUUAUCGCCAAGAAAAACAGGGAGCUGCUGAGCAGCAAUCGAUAUCAAAUGAGACCACUAUAGAUGAGAUAAAUUCAACACAAACUAAAACCAUAUCAUAG